UUGUGUGCUGAUAGUAUCUGAAGCCAUGAUAGUAUCUGAAGAUUCUGUUCUUGUAGGUUUUGACAUCUCUGACUAAUUUCAAUAUGAGCUGAGCUUUUGUUUUUCUAACUGCAUCUCUGCACACCCUGCAGUGCCCAGUUACUUGGGCAUAAUCAUGAAUCCCAAAAGAAGGUUCAAAGAGAACUGGAUGAGAUGUUUGGUAAGAUUUCCAUUCCUCCUUUGUCAAGAUUGAAGAAAUGGGAUAUGCCAUGUGGCCAUUCAAUAUGCUUUAAGUAGGUAGAAGUAGUUGGGAUGGGUGCUAGAAGGUGCAUGAGAGAGUACUGAGAAAGUUUACCAAGCAAAGGGUAGGGUUUUUCUAUUUUUUAUAGUGAAGCAGUUAUAGAUAGUCACUAAUUUGCUGUUGUUUUGACCCUUCUCCCUUUUGCUUUUUUCCUUAGAAGGAUAUCAAGUAUGGAAUGGCACAAAUAUUCAGAUCAUAAUUUAUGCCGUACACAGAAACCCCAAGAUCUUCUGUGACGUGGAAGAGUUGAGGCCUGAGCGAUUCUUCCCCACAAAUUAAUCCAGGCUGCGUUCUAGGGACCAGCAGAAUCCUGUGUUGUCAUUUGUGCCUCUGGGCUUACACACCUGCCUUACAGGAUGCAUGCCUUCUGUCAACAUGGGCAGAAGGGCUUCCACUUAGGUAAGAGGCUGAAUAAAAGCAGGUUUGCGCUUUCAUGUGCAUUUAUGAAAGCAAAGAUUCACCAGUGGAGUGCUUACAGAAAUCCAACACUGAGCAAAUAGCUCUCUGGAACUUCUCUCCUAUGGGACAUCUUCCAAGGUUUGCAAGUCUCAGUGACAUAAUUAGACCUUAAAGAUGCCAAAACUCUCAUUUCUUCUUUCUUUUACAUCUCAUUCCAGUGUUGCUACUACCUUUUGUUAGCAGCAUCACCAUUGCCAGCUGCUGGCAGGAUUUUGCUUUCCCUGUGGCUUUUCGCCUUCUCCCUGCUGUUUCACUGUUUCUCUUUUUUUUUUUUUUUUUUUCUUUCCUCCUGCAGAAGGAGUUAUCAGGAGUUAGAAACAUGGAUUUUUGACUCAGAAUCACAGUUAACCACUUUAAACUGCAAGGUUUUUUCUAAAGAUGAGAGCAUAAUUACUCAACUGAUCUCCAUGUUAAAAAGGCUUAAGUUGAACCUCUUCAUCCUGCGUCCUUACUUCCUUCCUAGGAUGUCACCUGGACAAAAGAGGGAACUGAUGGCUGUGUAGCUUGCCUUGUGUGUUAACAAGACAGGGCAUGUAUCUGCUGCUCUCUGUCACAAAGCAUUACAAACAACAGCAAGAGUAGCAAAGUUCGUUUCCAGCUGUUUACUGUACAUAAAGAUACAACAGUCAGCAUUUAUGAUAAAGUUUUUGCUGGGAGAUUGCAGGAGCAAAGUACCAAAAUUUAAUCCCCUCUACUGCCAAGGGUCAUCAAAAUCUUAUUUAAUUUCUGAUAUUCUGAGCCUUCUGUUUGUGUUUUAUGUCUUAGUUGUGUUUAUGCUGUUUGUUUAUUUACUAAAAUGCUGGUGCAGUCAGUGCAAUCAUUUUUGGCACAAAGCAAACAGUCUGAGUGUGACUGUGGCUAUAAGUAGCUUUUGUGCUGUAUUCAGAGGGUGAAGUUUUGUGAAUUGAUUGUGAGCUAUGCUGUCUCUUUACCAAACUUCUGUUUUACCACAAAGUUUCUGAGCGCUUUCUUUGAGGCACAGAUGCUCAGUGACCCUGCAGCAGUGAGAAGAGACCCUGGGUCCUCCUGAGGCAGGAGCGGCAGCAGUGUAUAUGGUGGAUAUGGUACUGCCUCUGUGCGAGCACUUUGCAAGUUGUGGCACAGAUGCUGGUACUGUCAGUAGUGUUAUUGGCACCCUUUAGCCUAUGCCUGAGCAUUCAACAGUGACAUCAGUAAAGGCCAUUUGAGCUGAGAAGCAUCAGUGUGCUUUGCAGUGCUGCUCUUGAUCAUGGGUCUGUAUGGGAUCUGGUUUGGGUAACUCUGUGAAACCAUCAACCCAACUGAAGCUUAAAGCUAUUCCCCAUCUCACCCUUCAGUCAUAGUGUUGGACAGCACUGGAGCAGUUCAGUUCUGUAUGGCAAAAUAGUGUUCUCUGAGCACCUGAAAACAGAUUGAGAAAGAUGAUACUGAGAAAAAUCAUCCUUCCCAAAUCAUCAAAAAUGUGUGUUUUCUCUUGACAGUGCUUUAUGUUGUUUCCUGCUGAGGUAUUGCAUGGGCCUGCAAAGAACUUUCUCACUCUUCACUUGAAUCAGAGGAGCGAAGUGAGGGCAGGGAAGGAGCACUGUUCCCUCUAACUUCUCUGCCAUUAGGAAAUGCUUACAGGCAGUCUCUCCAUGUGCGUGUUUUUUAAAACUGUUUAUUUCCCUGGGAAGAAGCUGCGCCUGUGGUCUUUGUGACAGCUCCGCCUCCUGCUCUCCUGGCCAAAUUCCCCACACACUCAGCUUGGUGCAACAGCACUGGCGGGUACAGGCAGUGCCAGUUCCACAGCAGGGAUCAAGGCUUGCAGCAGGAGGCUGAGAGGUGAUGAUGGAGGUUAUGCAAGGAUCCACAGGAAGACUCCAGCUGCUGCCCUUGGGGGCUGGGGUCAUCACACUGUUGUUGACAGUUGUGGCUUUAUGCUCCCUGCCCUCCCUGAUGAGUUACUGGAGGCGAUGGUGGAUGAUGAAGUCAAUCCCGGGUAUCAGCCCCUGCUAUCCUGUGCUGGGAAAUGCUCUACUCUUAGAACGGGGUGGAGAAGGUUUUUUUAAUCAACUAAAAUUUUAUUCUGAAGAGUUCAGGAAGUGGUCAUUGUUCAAUCUUUGGUUAGGACCAUUGCCUGUCGUAGUUUUGUAUCACCCCGACAGUGUGGAGGUUAUUUUGAACAGUUCAAAACAUAUAGAAAAAUCAUACCUGUAUGACUUCCUGCAUCCAUGGCUGGGCACUGGACUUCUGACAAGCACUGGAGACAAGUGGCGGUCGCGGAGGAAGAUGAUAACUCCCACUUUCCACUUUGCAAUAUUGAAUGAUUUUCUAGAGGUUAUGAAUGAACAAGGAAGUAUUUUGGUUAAGAAACUUGAAAAGCAUGUUGACAAGGAACCAUUUGAUGUCUUUCUGGAUAUCACUCUGUGUGCCCUUGAUAUCAUCUGUGAAACAGCAAUGGGCAAGAAUGUAGGUGCUCAGAAGAAUAAGAAUUCUGACUAUGUUUCUGCUAUCUACAGGAUGAGCGAUCUAAUCCAACAGAGACAGAAGAGCCCUUGGCUUUGGCCUGAUCUUUUAUACAUGCUAUUCAAGGAAGGAAGAGAGCACAAGAGGAACCUCAAAAUCCUUCACAAUUUUACAGAUAGAGUCAUUGCAGAAAAAGCUGCAGAACUUGAAAACACUAAGCAAAAAAACCAUGAUAAUGAUGGCAACUGUGAAGAAAGUGUCUCCAAAAAGAGAAAAGCAUUCCUGGACAUGCUGCUGAGUGCAACAGAUGAUGAAGGGAACAAACUGAGCUACAGGGACAUUCGUGAGGAAGUGGAUACUUUCAUGUUUGAGGGCCAUGAUACAACAGCAGCUGCUAUGAACUGGGUCCUAUACUUGCUUGGACAUAAUCCUGAAGUUCAGAAGAAGGUUCACAAAGAAUUGGACGAGGUGUUUGACAACACUGAGCGUCCUGUUACAACAGACGACUUGAAACAGCUUCGAUACCUUGAGUGUGUUGUGAAAGAAGCCCUUCGGCUCUUCCCUUCAGUUCCCAUGUUUGCCCGUACCUUGAGAGAGGACUGCUGUAUUAGUGGAUAUCAGAUACCAAAAGGUGCAACUGUUCUUGUUUUAACUUAUGCCCUGCACAGAGACCCGGAGAUCUUCCCGGACCCAGAGGAGUUCAGGCCUGAAAGAUUCUUCACUGAAAAUUCUAAGGGAAGGCACCCGUAUGCUUACGUGCCCUUCUCAGCUGGUCCCAGGAACUGCAUUGGUCAGCGCUUUGCACAAAUGGAGGAGAAAACUCUUCUAGCCCUCAUCCUGCGGCGCUUUUGGGUGGAGUCAUGUCAAAAGCCAGAAGAGCUUCGUAUAGCUGGAGAAUUGAUUCUUCGUCCAAAUAAUGGCAUCUGGAUUAAGCUGAAGAGGAGACCAAAUGCUGGAUCAGAAUGAAACCCAUUUCAAGGGUUUACUUCCAAAAAUAUUCAAGCUAUUUAGGCUGAAAUAUGUUUUAAAAUCAGAUAUUUUGGUGUCAGUCCAGCAGUGUGUUAAAACUGGUUGUUACUGUUUCAUUAAAGAUGUUGUAAUAGUCUUAAAUUGCUCUACUUUUCUAGUACUUGUGAACUUCAUGUUAAUCUUUGAACUGCAAGUCUUUAAAUAUUAACUUUUAAUGCCUUAUCUGCUCAGAUGAAACUAUUCUGUUGCAACAGUGCCACAAAACCUUAAGUUAUGGUAGUAGCAACCAGAUCACAACAAGUGAUCUGGUUACAUGCCAUAGCAUUUGCCAUGUAACUGAUAGUCUCAAAUAUUUGUACAGUUUUCAGGUUUCUGAAAUAUACAGUAUCAGGUUCUGAUAAUUCUUCCUCUCAGGCAAUAUUUUUCCUUUUUGAUAAUGACUGUAUCUGUGAAGAUGAAGCAAAAAUCUCUGGUGACUUCUCUCCUCCUCUGUAAACAUUUACAGUAGUUCUUAAAUAGUGAGUGCUCUGAAUUAUUUUUAGCAAAGUAUACCAUAAGCAUUAAUCUGUAUAACCAUACCAGGAAGUAGAUAGUGUGCAAAUUACACACUGGAUGUCUCAAUGACAGAACCACUGUAUUUGCAAAUAAACUUCUACUAUGCCUCAAUAUGGAAUGAAAUUGCAUCUGUAGAAAUUGCAUGCCUGUAUGCAGGUAAAGUAGAGAUGCAUAAUUAUUUCUUAGCAUCAGUUGCUUUGGGGUGAUCAGUCAACCAGAUUUUACUGUGUUGCUCAAAGCUCAAACAAUGAGCCAGUGUGCUCAUUCUAGGGUCUUGUAAAACCCUGAACUUGCUUGGCAAGUUUGUUAGAGGGGGCUUAGGUACUUCAAUUCCCCGAGACAGGCAUAAGGGAGAACACUGUAGUGUUUUCAGGAGGUUAAACAACAAACUUUUACUGGCAGACUUCAGAGAAUAAGGGUACUUGGCAAGUUUCCUUAAAGCAACAUUCAAUCAAAAUAAAGCAUUUCACAGAGCAUUGACUUAGCAAACUCUAGCCCAUCCAACUUCCAAGUUACCCAGAUUUCAAGACAAGGAAAUUUGAAGAAGAAAGAGAAAGAAAGGGGAGAAAGAAAGACUAAUAAUCACUGCUUGAAUUCCAGCACGAUCUCAGCUCCUAUAAAAUGCAAACGGGCCACAACCCUGUGUAUUCCUGUGCAAUUGCUUUUAUUGGCUCUGGUCUCUCUUCUCCUAGGUGGGGCAUUCAGUGUGCCAGUGGCUAAUAGCCAUUCUGGGCUGGACUAGAUCUUGAGGGGUGAGGGGUGUGGAGCAGUGCACCAUCCCUUCUUGGCUGAAUUUACCCUGCUCCCCCUUGCAACCCCCCUACCUCCCUUUUUAGUUAUUUUGAGGCAGUAAUCAUUUUCUCCACUCUCUCACAGGCCAUGAAGGCAACAUACACAGUUUUUUGCUAAUUGAAGUUAAAGAUGAAUCACAGUGAUGGAAUAAAGUGUCUGUGAAAAGUUUCUGACUGUUGGUACCUUCAGGACAGGUCAAAAUCUGUUACAGGCCACACAGCUUUUUGCAAGCUCUGAAAAAGCUGAUGGCUAGAGCAAGGUCAGGUCUUCUAGCUGAUCUGCCCUUUACUUGUGCCCUAUGCUUUGGGACUUCUUUUGGCUGGUGUCUGUUGCUCCAGCACGGUGCCGUACAAAGAAGGGAGCCCGCUGAUAACCACACUUCUGUCUUUAGGUGCUGAUGCAGCUCUUGCUCUUGCCCUAUGGUUGGCAGUGAGGGUUUUUGGUGUGCUGUUGCCUUUAGGUUGUUCUGGGGCUUUGGGCACCCUGCAAAGGGGAACUGGAUGAGAAGCUGGAGGUCAGAGCUGAUACAGCCAAUAUGGCUUGGUCCAGUCUAAUGAGUAACAUGGUACAAAGUAACAAAGGAGUAAUCGGUCUUUACUGGUUUUGUUGAUCUUUUGUCUGUUUCCGUGUGCCCUUUUAACAAUACUUUGUGGUUUAGCACCUGGGAUACUUCCCUACUUUGUAGAACGUCAUAAUAAAGAGAAAAUAAUUUCUAUGUUUUCCAAGUAAAUUAGAGGUUUCCUUGAACCUGCCAAAUUCUUUAUGUUCUGAUGAACCUAGGUUUUACCAUUUUCUGAGGAUCUUAUAAAAAGAAAGUAUUUAAUUGCUGAGUUUACAUAAAUGAAAUUACAGAUCUUGACAAAGAGUUUGUAAUUGCUACCUUUAUUUUGCCCUUAAGAAAAAAAAAGUCAUGUAGCAAUGGCAAAAUGGCUGCAUUCUUCAGCCUUCUUUUUCAAAUAGGUUUCAUUUCUGUAUAAUAACAAGAAUUUAAGUUUCCAGGGCUGAAUGUAAACAUUGUUUUCUUUAUAAUGAGAUAACUUUUGAGACUACCUUCAUAUGUUAAUACACAGAAUACAAAUGACAAGUGUUUUCUUAAGGAAUUAUUUCAUACUUUCAGGUACUCAGCAGUGUGAGCUUUCAAGGUAUACAAGAUUUGCAUCCAAGAUAUGUUUUCUCAGGACUUUUGGUAUGUAGUUGAAACCUGGAGAGGUACCUCAUGUUUUCCUAAACUAUGUCCUUAAAGCUGAAGACUUUCAAGACUUCCUUUUCUUCUGUGGAAUCUAUUUUGUAGAAACAGUUUGUAAGAUAGACCAAAUUAUAGCAAUUCUUUCCAUAAGAUAAUUUUUUUUUACUUCUAGCUAUUCUGGCCAAUAUUUUUUCUUGCACUUUGUUUUUGUAUCAUACUCUUCUCAUAUAAUGAGAUCUCAAGUAAAUUAUAAUUUCUUUAUGAUUUCUGAUGUGAACAAGAAAACAACUGAGACAAAAACUAGAUAAAACUGUAAUGAGAAACUCAUUAUUAAAAGUGCAUGGGCUCAAAUACUGGCCCAUGUUGCCAAAGUGGAAAAUCCCUAUUUAGUGAUGCACAUAGUAUCUUUGCCAAGAUAAGCACUGAUUUAAUCCUGUAAUCUUUGUGUUUGAAGCUGCUCUGAAAUGGCGGUGACCUCUCAUCUUCAGUUGUGAAAUUUGGUUUUUAAAGCACUCUGAGGCUGCUAAGGAAAUAAAUAUUGAGGAAAAAAUACUGAAGGUACUGAACUUUCUACUGGGAUAGCAGAAACAGAGCAUAUGAGUGUUUCUGGUUAAUGGUUUACAGCUGUUAUGGAGAACACUGACAAUAAAGCCUGUGUAACAUCUUGGGAGGUUCUGCUUGAGAGCUCCUGCAGAUGCCUCAGAGGAACUAGAAGUUUCCAGCCAGCUUGACACAAACUGCUUUUUGGCGCCUGAAAGCUGCAUGUUUGGACUCAUGCAAGAGGUGGACUAAUGGUGCUUUCUAAACAUCCACCUGCCUUCCUGAAUUUAAUCCUCAUGCUGUAAAAGACAAAACUUCAUAUGUAGAUUUUAGUACACUGCUGCAAACAGAUAAUUUUGCCAUGUGUUUUAGCUCUAAAUUGAGCUAAAACACUCAAUUUAUCAUCAAUCUGCUCUGUUUUUUCUGUUUAUUUGAACUGUAUACCUUAUUUUUCCAAAAGUGUGGAGUUGGAGUUUUUUGGGGGUUUUGUUUGCUUGUGUUUUAAUAAGAUAGUAAUGAACAGGAAUAACUGCCCAAUAUCUGACCUGGAAAGCCUAGAUGAGAAAUAAAAAGUGAAGAAAUUAA